AUGUCCUAUAACUGUGAUGAAUGGGAUGAUCCGCACCCCUGCAGACAAGGAGAUAAUGUACUCGAAAAUAAUUUCAGUUUAAUUAAUAGCUUUUCAUUCACUAUCGGCACCAUGAUGCAACAAGGCUCAGCUGUCGCACCCAAAUUAUAUAUUACAUGGUGUGAGUCGGCCCACAAUGAAUAA